GUUUUAACAAAAAUUAUAACACUUUGUUUAUUUAAGUGGAUCCAAAUUUUUUAUAUAAAUAGACCUCGUAUAUAUCAUCAAAUAAAAAUCAAUCAAAAUACAUCGGCGCGACCGGUUUCAGGUGAAAUUACCUGAAAGCGAUGGCAAACAAGAUUUCUCCCGGUGCCUUGGUUGUUCUUUUCCACUUUACAAUUGUUAUCAUGUCAGCAGAGAUAACAUUGGCUGAACGGAACACAGUCCAGAUCAUGCCAUUAGCCGGAUCCGAGAUGUGUAAACAUGGGGAUAUAUACCAACAGGGCUACUGUUCGCCCACGCAUAACAGCCAUUGUUGUCAAAACUGGUGUAGCCGCAAGUGUACCGAAGUGCAUAGUUCAGUUGCUAAUGAAAAAAGCAGAAAGUUCACAGAUAAAGGCUUUCCCAAAUUGGAGUGCCAGUGUUGCUGCAAAAAUUUGUCACUUCCACGGCCGCCACUUCAGAUACUAUCUUUACCUGUACCACCACCACCACCAAAAUUAUCUCGCCUGCCACCUGUCAAACUCUCUACCACGCCAUUCAUAAUAUCCUCACCUCAAUAUUCUUCACCACAACCAUCACUAAAAUCUCCACCACCUACUGCUCCCGGGAAUGUAUGUAAAUCUGGAGAUAUCUAUUCAGAACUUCGGCUUUUUGACACCCGUGAGUGCCAUCUUUGUCUAGUUGAAUGCAAAACUGAAUGUGGAUCUAUGGGAACUACAAUAGCUAAGCAAGUAUGUGCGUUUGAGACUGGCUCACUAUUGUGCAAGUGCUGUUGCAAAAACAAUAAUCCAGCCCUUCCGCCCCCAUCCCCAUCCCCACCCCCUCCAUCACCAUUUCCUCCACCCCAACCAUCACCUUCACCACCUACAACUCCCGGGAACAUAUGCAAAGUUGGAGAUAUAUACUCAGAACUUCGUCUAUAUAAUACUCGAGAUUGUCGUCUUUGUGACCAAGAUUGUAAAUCUGAAUGUGGGUUCACCGGAACUAGUCUAACUGGGCAAGUGUGUUUGAUCGAAUCAGAUUCCCUGUUGUGUAAGUGUUGCUGUAAAAACAAUAACCCAUCCACUCCGCCCCCAUCACAAUCACCACCUCCUUUAUCACCACCCUUUCCACCCCCACCAUCACCCUCCCUCCCUCCACCAGCUAUUCCGGGAAAUAUAUGCAAAGUUGGAGACAUAUACUCAGAGCUUCGCAUUUUUAGCACUCGUGAUUGCAGUCUUUGUGAAGAACAAUGUAAAGCUCAAUGUGGGAUUAUCGGAACUAAGAUGGCAGAGAAAAUGUGCUUGGCUGAAUCAGAUUCCCUAUUGUGCAAGUGUUGCUGUAAAAACAAUUCCUCAACACCUCCACCACCUCCGUCGGGGCCAUCCCCACCCCCACCAAACCCUCAAAUUCUAAGUUGUCCAGCCGAGAUGACAAUUCUAAUAUCAACUAUACCCGGCCAGGAACCGUGCAAGUACACACUUUCCCCAUCAUCACCACCACCAUAUCACUAUCUAAGUCAAAUUUAGCAUUAUAUUGCGCAUGCUAACUAGUUAAGCAGCGUGAAUGCGCGAUAGUCUUUUUUCCUUCGUUCUUAUUUCGUUUUGUGCAUUAUGUUUAUUUUUCAUCCUACGUUGUUGUUUUUUUUACUCCGAAAGGGCAAAAUAUAUUGGAAAAGAUCAAUCUACCA